ACCAUGUUUCGCGGACUACCAGUCAUACCUGACGACAUCUAUACAACAGACGCGCCCCGUAACAUUGCAAAGUCCUUUCUCGCCAUAGAGCAGUCAGAGGGCGCAGGCGCAAAAGUUAGGAGGAGCGUGGGUACACCCAAGCUCAGAAACUUUUCCCCCUUCCUGAUGCUCGAUCAUUUCGCCAUACCCCCAGGAGCUGGCUUCAAUGAUCACCCGCAUAGGGGAAUGCAAACUAUAACGUAUUUGCUGUCGGGUGCCGUGGAUCAUGAGGAUUUUGCUGGAAAUAAAGGAACUAUCGAAAAGGGCGAUUUGCAAUUUAUGACGGCAGGACGCGGCAUCGUACAUGCCGAGAUGCCCCGCCCGAACGCGGACGGCUCUCCUAAUGUCGGUAUGCAGCUCUGGGUCGAUCUGCAUAAAGAGCUGAAGUCAUGCGAGCCACAAUAUCGUGACCUUCGCGCAAAAGAAAUCCCCGAAGCGACUGCGGACAACGGCAGGGUGAAAGUCAAGGUGAUUAGUGGCCAGGCGUAUGGCGUGGAAAGCCUGGAAGAGCUGGCGUACACACCCGUUUGGAUGCUGGACUUUACAGUUCAACCUGGUGGUAAAGUGAAGCAGCCAUUGCCAAAAGGCUGGAAUGCAUUCGCUUAUGUGCUGAACGGCACCAUCAUCGUCUCAUCCGACGGCGUUUCGCGACCUAUCCAACAAUACCACAACGUUGUAUUUGAGAGCGCUGGCGAUAGUGUGGAGAUAUCUGUCGAGGAAGGGGCUGAGACGGAGUCAAGAUUUUUACUGGUUGCCGGACUGCCGUUGGACCAGCCCAUUGUACAAUACGGCCCCUUUGUGGUGACCUCGAGAGACGAGGUCAUGCAGGCUAUGAUGGACUUUCAGAGCUACUCGAAUGGAUUUGAGCGGGCACAAAACUGGGAAAGUGAGAUUGGGAAGAGAUUAGUUCAGUAGGCUACUAAACCUGCACUAGAUCUCGUUCCACAUCCCAUUCAAUAUUUCCUUUAGAAGUAAGCAUGCUUGAAUAGAAG